GCCGCGACGCGCGCUCCGCUCUGCGGCUCCAGCUUCCGCGAAGCCUGUUGCUCGCUUCUGAGGGCCGCCGCUUCCCGCCAGGUGCCCAGGGGCCGGCGGCCCGAGGGGUGCCGCGCGCGGACAGCCCCCCCGCCCUCUUCCCUUCCCCCUGCACAGGUGGACCCGAGCGUUUGCAAGAGCGCGGACGCCAGCAAGGCUCCUGGUGCGCCCGCGACCGCGCGCCAAGACCCCCGGUGCGCAGCGGCGAUGAACACGACCUUCUUGAACCACAGUGGCCUGGAAGCGGCAGGUGGCUUGGGCGGCGGUGGAGAAGCCGCCCUCGGGAACCGCAGCCACGGGCUGGGCACGUGGCUGGGCUGCUGCCCCGGGGGCGCGCCGCUGUCCACCAGCGACGGAGUCCCGGCGGGGCUGGAGCCAGACGAACGCAGCCUGUGGGUGUCGCGCGUGGCGCAGAUCGCCGUGCUCUGCGUGCUGUCGCUAACCGUGGUCUUUGGCGUUUUCUUCCUGGGCUGCAACCUGCUCAUCAAGUCCGAGAGCAUGAUUAACUUUCUGAUGCAGGAGCGCCGGCCCUCCAAGGACGUGGGCGCUGCCAUCCUCGGGCUGUACUGAGCACCGCCUCGUCCCGCCCUCGCCUGAGUUGCUGGAAGAAGACGGAGAAGGAAGCUCAGGACCCUAGUUCCCCCUCCUCAAGCUCUGCCACCGCCUCGGGCAGCGCCUGGCGGGCAGCGCAAGGGGGCAUGGCCUUUCUUGGGGCACCUGGGUCUGGGACACUGCGGGACUCCAGGCGGCGGAUCGGAAAGGGACUUCCACACCCGGCUGGGUCCUGAUUGCGCCUCAGCCUUGGGGGAUGGGAGGGUAGAGGAUGGGGAUUCCUAAAUGUUUAUUUGAAAGGAAGUUCGAGGCAGUGGAGGGAGAGGUUGUGGGAUGCAGCUUGGGGCUGAGGUCACAUGCGUGGGAAUUUUGUGUGUGUGUAGGUGGGGUGGAAUGGAGUGGGGCGAGUUACGAGCAGCGUGGGGGUGGGGGAGAGGUGUUGACGAAUCGGAGUCGCUGAGCUUGUUGGCCUGAUUUCUCAUUUGGAAAGAAAUCUUGUAAUAAAACUGCGGCCGUCGGGCUUCGUGCUUCCGGCGGUUUCCACCCG